GGCGGGAGGGCCCGGCGGGAGCGCGGCCGCCGCCGCCAUGAAGGGCAAGGAGCGCUCGCCCGCCAAGGCCAAGCGCUCCCGGGGCGGCGAGGACUCGGCAUCCUCCUCCUCCUCCUCCCGCGGCUCCAAAAAGCCCAGCGGCUCCUCCGGCAGCGGCGGCGGCGGCUCCAACGGCGGGAAAGCGGCGGCGUCCGGCGAGAGCAACAGCGGGAGCGGCCGGCGCGGCGCCCACACGGACAAGGGCCGCGCCGGCAGCCGCGAGUACGAGAGCGGCGCGGCCGCGAGCGGAGGGGGCCGGCACGGCUACAGCGGGAAAGCCGCGGAGGCGUCGCGGAGCAGCAGCAGCCGCGGCAGCGGAGAAUCGCGGGCGGCCGCCGCCUCCUCCUCCUCGGAGCCGGGCGAGUACAAGACGCUGAAGAUCAGCGAGCUGGGCUCGGCGCUCAGCGACGAGGCGGUGGAGGACGGGCUGUUCCACGAGUUCAAGCGGUUCGGCGACGUGAGCGUGAAGAUCAGCCGCCUCCCGCCCGGCUCCGGCUCCGGCACCGACGAGCGCGUGGCCUUCGUGAACUUCCGCCGGCCCGAGGACGCGCGGGCGGCCAAACACGCGCGCGGCCGCCUGGUGCUCUACGACCGCCCGCUGAAGAUCGAGGCCGUCUAUGUCGGCGGCGGCAGCGGCCGCCGGCGCAGCAGCCGCUCCCCGGCGCUGCUGGACAAGGAGUCUCCGUACGGGGCGGCGGCGGCGGUCGGGGCUGUGGCGGCGGCCGUGCGGCACCCGCCGGCCGGGGCCGCGCAGCGGGCGCUGUCACCCGCGGGCAGCGGCGGAGCGCUGGGGUACCGGGACUACCGGCUGCAGCAGCUCGCCCUGGGCCGGCUGCCGCCGCCGCCGCCGCCGCUGCCGCGGGAGCUGGAGAGGGAGCGGGACUACGGCGGGUUCUACGAGGCGCGGGUGCGGCCCGCCUACGGGCUGGAGAGGGUGGCCGGCGUGGCGGCGGCCGGGGGCUUCCGCGGAGGAGGAGGAGCGGGAGGAGGAGGCGGUGCCGGAGCGGCCGGCGAGGAGGAGAUCAGCCCCGAGGAUGACCAGAGAGCCAACCGCACCUUGUUCCUGGGCAACCUGGACAUCACCGUGAGCGAGUCGGACCUGAGGCGGGCGUUCGACCGUUUUGGGGUCAUCACCGAGGUGGACAUCAAGAGGCCAGGCCGCGGGCAGACCAGCACCUACGGGUUCCUGAAGUUCGAGAACCUGGACAUGGCGCACCGGGCCAAGCUGGCCAUGUCGGGGAAGGUGCUGCUGCGCAACCCCAUCAAGAUCGGGUACGGCAAAGCCACCCCCACCACCCGGCUCUGGGUGGGCGGCCUGGGGCCCUGGGUGCCCUUGGCCGCCCUGGCCCGGGAGUUCGACCGCUUCGGUACCAUCCGCACCAUCGACUACCGCAAAGGGGAUUCCUGGGCCUACAUCCAGUACGAAAGCCUGGACGCGGCGCAGGCGGCCUGCACACACAUGAGGGGCUUCCCUCUGGGGGGCCCGGACCGCCGGCUCCGCGUGGACUUUGCCGACACCGAGCACCGGUACCAGCAGCCCUACCUGCAGCCCCUGCCCCUGCCGCCCCCGGCUCACUACGAGCUCGUGGCAGAGGCGGCUGCUUUUGGGGCUCACCGGGGAGCUCCCCCCGACCCUCUGCGGGGGGCCCGGGACAGGACGCCACCGUUGCUUUAUAGAGACCGCGACAGAGACCUUUACCCCGAGACAGAGUGGGUGCCCCCGCCGCCCCCUGUGCGGGACAGGAGUAACCGGGCGGCUGCCUACGACCCACUGGAGAGCCUGGAGCGCCGCCGGGACGGGUGGUCCUUGGAGCGGGACCGCGGGGAGAGGGAGCUGGGCAGUAGCAGUCGGGAUCAGCCCAGGAAGCGGAGGCUGGCGGAGGACGGAGGCCGGCACUUGGACCGCUCCCCCGACAGCGAGCGCUCCUCGUCCUCCCGAAAGCGCCACUGCCUGGCCACCAGCUCCCCGCCGGACCGCAGCCCCGAGCUCCUGGGGGGCCGGGAGCGCUACAGCAGCGACCCCGAGCGCUCGUCCCGCCUGCUCCUCUUGGAGCGACCGUCCCCGGUGCGGGAAUCCCGCCGGGGCAGCCUGGAGCGGGGGCAGAACGAGAAGCGCGACCGCAAGAACUCGGCGGAGCGCGAGCGGAAGCACCGCGGCGGUGCCGCCGCCCAGGAGGGCAAGAGCCCGGCCAAAAAGGAUGAGCGGGCGGCCGAGGGAGGCGGGGGAGGCUCCCGCCUCAAACCCCCUCCCCAAAAACAGCAGCAGGACGGGGCGGCGCAGGCUGGGGCGGCGCCCAAGCUGUGCUUGGCCUGGCAGGGGAUGCUCCUGCUGAAGAACAGCAACUUCCCGUCCAACAUGCACCUGCUCCAGGGGGACCUCGGUGUCGCCAGCAGCCUCCUCGUGGAGGGGGCCACGGGGGGGAAGGUGGCCCAGCUCAAGAUCACCCAGCGGCUCCGGCUGGACCAGCCCAAGCUGGACGAGGUGAACCGGCGCAUCAAGGUGGCGGGGCCCAAUGGCUACGCCAUCCUCUUGGCCGUGCCCGGCGCGGCGGAAAACCGCGCGGCUGCCGGAGCCGCCGAGCCUGCCACCACCUCCACGCAGAGGCCGCUCAGGAAUCUGGUGUCCUACCUAAAGCAAAAGCAGGCUGCAGGGGUGAUCAGCCUCCCCGUGGGGGGGAACAAAGACAAGGAGAACAGCGGGGUGCUGCACGCCUUCCCACCCUGCGACUUCUCCCAGCAGUUCCUGGACUCUACGGCCAAGGCGUUGGCCAAAUCCGAGGACGACUAUCUGGUCAUGAUCAUUGUCCGGGGGGCGUCCUAAGGGCCCUCGUGUUCUGUUCCCAACCCUGCCUACUCCUCCACCCAGCCCCUCCAGCGUGUGCCAGGUGCUAUGGGAUACAGCCUUAGCCAGCCCUGUUGUUAUUUUAAUUAGACCUUUGUUUGUAGGUGACUUUCCCAGCCUGAUUUUCUGUUACUACGUUUUUCUAUAAAGGUAGAAGCCAGAGAGGUUGGUUUAGGCGUAGUGUGAAUAGGAUAUUUUGAGAAUUCCCUAUCAGUGGGGACAGCAGGGAGGCUAGGCCUGCUUUGAUUUAAAAAAAAAAUAAAAAAAAAAAAUAAGAAAAACGAGAACUGGGGAGGGGGAGGGAGGGGGAAAAGAAAAAACUCCCGUCUUCUUGAUUUUGAUUCGUGUCCUUUUUUCAUUUCAUGUUUUUUAAAGCAAGUCCAAGAGCUUGUCCUCCGACAGAGCUCCAAACCCAACAGACCAGGUUUAAAGCACUCGUUGGAAAUGGAAAACCACACGUUUAGUGACAGACUGGUGUCAGCUCCUUUUUUGAGCCUUUGAAAUUCCGUGUGGGCCUUGGGGAUCCCUUCCCUUGGGAGCUGGAAUGGUUUCCCCUUUGGGUCGAGUGGAUCAAGGUUGAUGUUUUACAGGUGAGCAGCACCUGCUCUCGGUGGCACAGCAGAACACAGUUCCUUUUGGGAAAGGAAUUCCUUUCUCAUCCAGCCCUCCCCCCACCCCCAGGUGCAUGCACUGAAACUGGGCUUUUUCCCAGGUGUAUCCCCCCAUUUCCCGGUGUAUCCCACAUGUUUUGGGUUUGUAGCAGUGAGGAGGUUUGGUGACAAGCUGGGAACUUUGUUACAAACCAGGAAUGUUGUGCUCACUCCUGUGUGCAGGAAACAAGGAGGUGCUUUAAGGAGAACUUGAGUUCUGUUGUGGGUUUUUGGUUUUACUGCCUUUUUUGUGUUUUCCAAGAAUUGCAGGUACAGUGGGGUCUGGUUCCAAACUCUGAGUAAGUAAGUGCUUCUCUCCAGAGAUGCUUUUAAUUCUGGGAUAAUUUAAUUACAUAAAAGUUCUCAUUAACAUUUUACCUCUUUGUUAAUAGCAAGGAACUGCUGUCUGCUAGGGACUCUUCAGGUACAGUGCAGUGGGCAUUACAUGAGGUUUAUAAUUUUCUAGGCACCUGGAGGAAAAUGGUUUUAGCAUCUUGGAGAAGUAUUAAAAAUACUCCGAGAUGCCAAGGUUUGAGCUCUUGUUCCUGUGAUUCAAGGAUGAAACAGUUCUGCUUUUUUUAUUUUUUCUUUUCAAAGAACAUAGUUAAUUUUCUCUUAUUUUUCCCCAAUAAUUGGGCACUUUUCUUCAGCUGUCUCAGCCACUUUGGUAAUCCAGGCAUUUAGGAGGGAAGAAGGGAUUUAAAUCCCUGAGGGGAUCUAAAUCCCCAGUGCUCUGUUUAACAACCAAAAGGAUGUUGCAGCAACUUCUAAACUGAAGUGUAAAUCUGACUGUAUCCCUUUACAAGCCCCAAAAUUGUGAUCUUGCACUUAAACCCAGAAUGUAAUCUUGCACUUAGCCAUGUUUUCAGGGAUUUGGGCCACGGAAAAGCAACGCUGCUCCAAUAGAUUCCUUGGGUGAUGGAUACAGGGAUGGGUUGAUUUGUGCUACAACUUGAUCACAUUCAAAAUGGGGAAUAGGUUGUGAAUAGGAGAUGAAGGAGGAAAUGUCUUGAAUGUGUUGUAUGGGUGUAACUGAACUUGCUUGAGUUUCUGCCACAAAAAUAGAAAUUUUUGUUACUGAGCCACUUUGAUUCCUUUAUCUGCCUGGAACGAGUGGACACCGUGUCCCAAGAACUAAGAAUUCCAAUGUGGCAGGAGAUUCUGGUUUUACAGCUCCUUUUCUUUCUAAAUGAGAAGAUAAAAGCCUCAUUUAAUGCUCUUAAAUUUGAGGGGUAAAACUCAGGAGUUCUGGGUUGUCCUUCAGGGUGAAUGUAAGAGAUGGCAGAAUUCAGCUGUUCAGCUUCCUAUUAACAACGAGAAUUUUGGGGAAUGACACCUUAAAUGCAAAUCACUGUGUUUUGGAAGAUCCAGAGUGUUUACCACUUAAUGCAAAGAAUGUUUUGGUUGGAGCAGGUGUCUGUUGUGUGUCAGCAGGGGAUCAACUCUGUUCAAGUGCUACUUGUGUUCAGAGGGGGUUUUCUCAUUGCAUCCGACACGAAUCAUUUGCAGAGUUUUCUAGGAAAGAAACUUGAACCUCUGGGAAUUCAAAUCUGCCCCAAACCAGGAAAAAAAAAGCACUAAUGUUUGUGUUGGACACUGGAAGUCGCUGAGAGCAGCGUUUGUUCCGCUGAGGCAUAGCAGGCACCUGCUUAAAAGCCCAUAAAACUUGGGGUCAGCGUGGCUGGUCAAGGCAAACUCAGUGUGGGAAGAGCAUCCUGGGUGCUCUUCCGCUUUUCUUGGAAAAUCCUGAUGGUUUUAACUACCACUGGUUGUUAUGAGCCAAACUGUGCUGCGGUGGAGGGUGAAAAGGAGCAGGUGAGGGUGUGUUUGACUCCAGGUUUUCUGGCUCCUUAUUUCGUGGAGUAUCUCCUUUAAAUCUGGUUUGUUUGUGGUGGCUGCUCUGUUUUGCAAACAAGGAUUUUAACACCCUUUGAGGGUUCUUAUGACAAAACAUUGACUGGCAGCCCUUUGCCAGCAGUGGAUUCCAGUGCUGCCAUCCCGCAUGGGCUGUGCUUUCCUCCUUGGUCUGAGGGAUUCCCCAUUGGAGUAACUGUCCACUGAAGUUGUCUUGGCCAGGGCUGAGCAUUCAGAAGCCCGUGGGUGAUACCACUGUGUGCAGAACAAAGUAGAUGUAGCAGUUGCUGGCUCUCUCCUUGUGUCUGGCAUUCCGUCGCUCCGGCGAGAGCUCGGUUUUCCUCCACAUUGUGUGCAGCUGAUGUUCCUGUAUUUCACUGGUGUGUUGGAUUAGCCUGGAAAAAGGAUGUCCUUUUCCUGAAUCAUUUCACCCUUGUGCUUUAUGCUUUAGGGAAAGAACCUCAAAUGACUCAUAGUUUUGUUGGAGAUUUUAGUUCGUUGGUUUUUUUUUUCUUCUUUUAAUUAGAAACAUUACGCAACUUCCUUGGCCUCCAUCCAGUUGCUUUGUUUGCUCCUGUUGAGCUGCUGUGGUGGGAACACCAAGGUUACUCUCAAUCCAGAGGUUUUAGGGUCAGAGAUACCAACACAUCCUUGUCAGCAUUGCAGAGAGAAGGGCCAGGCAGGCAAAUCUUGCCUUCUCUCUUUUGUUUUCCCACGAGGAUGUUAAAGAUGGAAUAUUUCGGUGACAACUUUCUCGGCUCCUGUGGAGAGCAGAGAAUGAGCUGAAAUUUCUUCCACGGGUUUGGGAACCCUCUGGUUGAUGGCAACUGAGGUGAAAGGCCUCAAGUGUUAAUGGGAGAGGAGGAGUGAAUCAAAAUUGUGAAGACAGGUUCAAAAACUCUGAGGACUCAGGGAAAAAUGGCUUGGAAAAUGGUAAUUCCUGGCUCUAAGUGAAACAGUGUUGAGGGACUCCUGGGGAGUCUGUGUGCCCGGAGGGGAAGAAAUGAUGCCGUGUGGCUCUAGAGCUUUUGGGGUUCUUUCCCCUUUGUCCCCCGCUUUGUAGCAUUGAAGGACAGAUAUUCCAAUGAUUCAUAGACUGAACGACGAGGUGAUUUUUGCAUCAGGCUUAAAACAGCCCGGCUGGUUCAGAGAAUGGUUCGUUGAAUAUUCAACUUCUUGCAGUUCUGAUUGUGUGCGAACGAUGGCUGAGAAAUAUGACUUGAAUAGUAACAAUUUUCAGUUCCAUGGGGUGUGCCUGUGAUUUGACCUUUCCUUUACUGUUGGCGCAGCCAAACGAGGGCAGAAGAGCUGUGUAACAACACUACAUUUCAUGGUUUUGGUGAUAAGUUGCCUUCAGGAAAUAACCCUGGGAGGAAAGUCAACCCAAUUAGCCGUAAUUGGGUUGGUUUUUCUCGUGGUUAAUGGUUUCAGUGUGUCCCAUCAGCUAUUACUGCAAGUUGGGUAAUCCUCAGUACUGUAAGCCUAGUUUAACCUUGGUCCAAAACGAAGCCCUGCACUACUUGUUUUGCAUCUCUCCCUGGAAGGCGACUUCAUUCCGAGGUUUUGUGCCCGCGGGUGGAAUUGGUGCUUUUUGAAAUCCAAGUAGAAUAUUCAGAAAGGCCUCGUAGCUGUUUAUGUUCAUCUGUAUAAUGUAGGGAGGGGGAAAAAAAACCCAAAUCUGGUGUAAACAUUUGUACUGAAAUAACGUUUUCUUUCCUCCUGCAAGCAAAUCUGGUGGACUGCAGAAGACAUGGGAUACCAAGCUCUAAAUGGACCUUUGGGAAGAGAAGCUGUGGCUUAUGUGGAAUUUCCAUGGGCCUCCUGAUGGAAGAAAGCUUAUCUGUUUAGUAUUUGUGCAUUUUACUAAAAAUGGCAGCUUUAAAAAAAAAAAAAAAAGUUGUGUAUCUGCUAUUGUGAUGCCAAUGCCCGUGUUUUAAGUGGAAAAAAAAAAUGACCUCUUUGCUUUGUGCUGUGUACACAAGAUUGCUGGAAAAAAAGUAAAGGAAUACCCUUUUUAUGGCUCACACAGCUUGAAAGUAGCUGUCACUCAAACAUGCGCUCACAGUUGAGCUGAUUUUGUUUCAUUCUAAAUAAAUUGUUUCUUUUGAGGAAAAA